AUGCCUCCUGCAACAUCCAAUACCACCAAGGAUGCCAAGAAACAACGUCUGACACAAGCCAAGCCUUCUGGGGAAGAGAAAUCGUCAAGCUUGAACACGGGACGAGGAGGGUCUUCGGAAGUCGGAGAUCGCGACGACGGAUCAUCUGGCCUGAUCGAUGCCAUCGAUGCUGGCGACCAAGAAGGAAGAGAGACGACGGAGAGGACGAAUUCGAAUACGUGCACAACCAGGCAGGAUGAUUUAGGGGUAUCCGCGCCUAAUCGCCAGGGAGACUCGACUACUCAAUCUGGCUACUGCCUCGGCAUCCCGACCGGCAUGAUAUUACAGGCGACAGACGAUCAACCUUCCCCCAAUGUCGAUGUCAUGCAACUCGGAGGAACACUCAUGGAGACCCUCGUACAAGGACCCGUCCAGGCUGGGAACACGCCUACGGACUUUUCCCCGAGCUCGAGCUCGAGACCGGUUGCUGAACCUGAAGCGAGCGUCAACGUCAUACAAUACCUGGAUCCGGGUCAUCAACCUCAACUCGUGCUGUCGGAGUCGUCAGGCCCAGGGCACAUCAGCAUUUCAAGACGGUUCGGUGAUCCUAUCGAUAUAGGCCUAUUGGCGGUUCACGAGGCUACGCAUCUCGUUUAUCUCUUCCACAAUCGAUUACAGCCUUAUAUAGCUCUGCUAGAUCCAUCUUAUCACACGUUCGAGUUUUUAAGAUCCAGCUCAAUCCUGCUGCUUACCGCCAUCCUCACGGCGUCUUCCCGAUUCUUCCGGCCGGACCUAUGGCCUGCUCUAUCAACCCAGUGCAAUCAGGUCUUAACGAGGGCAAUGUCCGAGGGCAUGUGCAACAUUCAACUAGUCCAAGCGCUCUGUAUCAUGGUAUACUGGAAGUCGCCUACGGAUAACACGGCGUUCUUGAAGAUCGGUCAUGCCGUACGCAUGGCUUAUCAACUGAACCUGCAUCUGCCUAGACGAUCGUCUAUGCCCACAGACAUUGUACAAGCAAAAUCCUUCAUGGAUAAAGAGAGAACGUGGCUGUGUGAUGUCUCUCGUUGCAGGCGAGUCGAGCUCGACUUGCUGAUCUCGACCGAUCAUUGGUUUUGGCAAGGUUUCGACGCUUCCUAUAGCAUGUGGUUCGGACGGCCUCCAAUCAUUAUUUCACGUCACAUACCCGAUAUUGAACUCUGGUUUCAAAGGCUGCAUCCGUGGGCCAUCCCUCUGGACCGAAAGCUAGCGUGUAGUAUCGACGGUUUACCAAUUCUGCGCAAUCGAUUGGCGAUCUCUGAAGCUUUAUUCGACAUUUCCAUCUCUUCUCAUAUUCGCGAGUCUCUGGCGCGACACCAUCGAGAUCUGAUGAGACGGUAUACGACAAGAUGGAUAGAUGAUCGAGCGCUUCAAACCUGGCCUAUCCCGCCUCGAGCUUAUGAAGCCUCAUCGUUGGCGAUCUUGAGUCAAGCAGUUCAGGCAGAAGCUACGCUUGCCGAGAUCACUCUGGCGCCUAGCGACAUGUCGGCACUGCUCUUGACGGCAGACAAGCUGGUCGCCAACCUGAGAAUGCUGGCUCUUGACGACGGUCUGGCCAUCGGAUUCGCUCCUGACCAUAUCCAAGCGGCCAUCGUGGGCUUGCUCUUGAGCGUGCACGAAUUGUGCGAUGGCGUCUCGGACCAGACAUCCGCCCCAUCAUAUGUCGCCAGAUUCAUCUCCCGAAGCUUGCUCGACCUGUAUCAGACGUCUGCAUCCCGUCAACCAACGCGCCAGCCCUCGCCCAUGCAUUCAGGGGCAGAGGCAGAAGGAGGGUUCCCAUCUCUUCAGUCCGAUCUGGACUUGGCACUACCGGAGCUGCAACGGUUCUUCGAGGCCCACGACGCCCCGGCAGACUUUUUCGACCAAGACUAUUGGGAUACGCUUUUGGGCAUGAACACGACUCGGUGA